CAUUUUUAUAGGUUGAAGAAUAAGAAUUUUCUCUUGACAAAAAUACCCUUUGCAUUCAUUCCAUGAUUCUUCAAGCCCCCAUCCAGGAAGUCCAAAGUCAUGGAGAUAAAGAACUACAGCAGCAGCACCUCAGGCUUCAUUCUUCUGGGCCUCUCCUCCAACCCUCAGCUGCAAAAACCCCUCUUUGCUGUUUUCUUCACCAUGUACCUGGUCACCAUAGUGGGAAACAUCCUCAUAAUCCUGGCCAUCCACUCUGACUCCCGGCUCCAUACCCCCAUGUACUUUUUUCUCAGCAGCUUGUCCUUCAUGGAUAUCUGCUUCACAACAGUCAUUGUGCCCAAGAUGCUGAUAAACUUACUCUCAGAGACAAAGGCUAUCUCCUAUGUGGGCUGCCUGGUCCAGAUGUACUUCUUCCUGGCCUUUGGGAACACUGAUAGUUAUCUGCUGGCCUCGAUGGCCAUAGAUCGGCUGGUGGCAAUCUGUAACCCCUUCCACUACAAUGUGGUCAUGAACCCACAGCGGUGCCUCCUCAUGCUACUGGGUUCCUGCACCAUCUCCCAUCUGCACUCUGUGCUCGGGGUACUGCUCAUAUCUCAUCAGUCUUUCUGUGCCUCUCACACCAUUAAGCACUUUUUCUGUGACACCCAACCUGUGCUAAAGUUGUCCUGCUCUGAUACCUCCCCCAUCCAGAUUGUGCUCAUGACUGAAACCCUGGCGGUCAUCCUGACCCCUUUCCUGUGCAUACUCUUCUCUUACCUGCGAAUUGUCAUCUCUGUGCUCAGAAUCCCCACUGCAGCCAGGAAGAGAAAGGCCUUCUCUACCUGUGGCUCCCACCUCACUGUAGUGACCCUCUUCUAUGGUAGUAUCAUCUAUGUCUAUUUUAGGCCCCUGUCCAUGUACUCAGUAGUGAAGGACCGGGUAGCCACAGUUAUGUACACCGUGGUGACACCCAUGCUGAACCCUUUCAUCUACAGCCUACGGAACAAGGAUAUGAAGAGGGGUUUGGGGAAAUUAAGGGACAGAAUAUACUCUUAG